AAGUAUUGAAAGUCACAUUCGCGUACGGCAAAUUUUCCUCAGCAGAGUCGCAGCGUUUAUAUAUACAAUAUUAACCUCACAGGGAGACAAAGAAACGGAGCGCCAGCAAAUGAGUUUAGGAGGUGUUGGACGCAUGGCUCUUCGUGGGUAUCGCCCCAUUUUUGCUUUACAUUUGCCUCACAUGCAAAGGAUCAAUCCCCACUUCACUCGCCAGAUGUACUCUACAUGUUUGGAAAUUUUUCUUCAAAGAGCACCUCAGAGACGUGCAGAAUUUCUAACAAAGGGAAUUGAAUUUCAGAUGAGUACAGCAAUGCAGAGUGUUGCUUCCAGGCUUCGCAGUUCUGGCCUGUUACUGACACAGGGUCUUAUUGGAGGCAAAUGGACUAAUGCUUAUGAUGGGAAGACUUUGGAGGUUCACAAUCCAGCAACAGGUGAAAUAAUUGCAGAGGUCGCAUGCAUGGGCAGAAAGGAGACAGAUGAUGCUAUAUCUUCAGCCUAUGAUGCAUAUUAUUCUUGGAGCAAACUUACUGCAGCAGAGAGGAGCAAGCGUUUGCGAAAAUGGUAUGAUCUACUUAUGGCCCACCAAGAAGAGCUUGGACAACUAAUAACAUUGGAGCAAGGAAAACCUCUAAAAGAAGCCAUGGGUGAGGUUAGCUAUGCGGCCAGUUUUGUUGAGUUCUUUGCGGAGGAAGCAAAACGUGUAUAUGGAGAUAUAAUUCCUCCAACUCUACCUGAUCGUCGAAUAUUUGUUUUAAAACAGCCUGUAGGUGUUGUUGGUGCAAUUACACCAUGGAACUUUCCGUUAGCUAUGAUUACGCGAAAGGUUGGUCCUGCCCUUGCCUGUGGCUGUACAGUGGUUAUAAAACCCUCUGAACUUACACCUCUCACGGCUUUAGCAGCAGCUGAGCUCGCUCUUCAAGCUGGAAUACCACCGGGUGCUGUGAAUGUGGUUAUGGGAAAUGCUCCUGAUAUUGGAGAUGCUUUACUUGCAAGCCCACAGGUAAGGAAGAUAACCUUUACAGGAUCAACAGCUGUUGGAAAGAAACUAAUGGCAGGAGCCGCGGGGACUGUUAAAAAGGUAUCUCUAGAACUUGGUGGCAAUGCACCUUGCAUAGUCUUUGAUGAUGCAGACCUGGAUGUGGCAGUAAAAGGAACGCUGGCAGCAAAGUUUCGUAAUAGUGGACAGACAUGUGUAUGUGCAAAUAGAGUACUUGUUCAAGAAGGUAUCUAUGAUAAAUUUGCAGAUGCUUUUUCUAAAGCUGUCCAGAAUCUGAAAGUUGGGGAUGGCUUUGGUGAAGGGGCGGUACAGGGUCCUCUAAUUAAUGAAGCAGCUGUGAACAAGGUUGAAACCUUUCUUCAAGAUGCUGUUUCAAAGGGAGCAAAAGUCCUUCUUGGGGGAAAAAGGCAUAGCCUUGGAAUGACCUUUUAUGAGCCUACAGUCAUUAGUGACGUUAAUUGUGAGAUGCUUCUUUCCAGGGAGGAAAUAUUUGGACCUGUUGCACCACUUUUGCGGUUCAAAACUGAGGAGGAGGCUAUCCGCAUGGCUAAUGAUACUAAUGCAGGGUUAGCUGCUUAUAUAUUUACAAACAAUGUUCAACGAACAUGGCGUGUUUCUGAAGCUCUUGAAUAUGGACUUGUUGGCGUCAAUGAAGGACUAGUUUCAACAGAGGUGGCUCCUUUUGGCGGCGUUAAACAGUCCGGCCUUGGACGGGAAGGUUCCAAGUAUGGGAUGGAUGAAUAUCUGGAAACCAAAUACAUAUGCAUGGGUGAUAUGAACUGAAAUUGAUCAGUGAGGUGAAUAAAGUCUCUCCUGCAGCUGAAAGGGGAGAAAGUACAGUCUCAGGCGUUUGAUGUAAAUGCAGAAUUGAACUUUAAAUGGGUACUUCCUCUGAGACUCUGUAUCUAAAUUAAGUGUAGUAGCCCUCGGACAACUUUUGUUUGUACUAUGCAGGUUUUGUUUCCUUAACUUCUUUCUGUGGUAAUAAAAAUAAGACUUUUGUUGAGUUCA